AUGGUCAAAAUCAAUGAAUUCGCUGUGGAGCGGUGGAUGGACGACCACGAGAACAAUGCAAAGUACAAUCUCGCUGAAACAUGCUGCGCGUCCAUCUCUCUCAAGGACCUUCUCUCCUUCUCCGACAACCCCAAUUCCACUAUCCUCGAUUUCUCCAAGAAGCAAACCUACGGCGCGAUCCGCGGAACUUCCGGCCUGCGAUCCAACAUCGCCAAGCGCUAUGAUUCUGGAACAGACCAAUCCAUCUCGGCUGAUCAAGUCCUCGUGACAAACGGGGCGAUUCAGGCGAACUUCCUGGCCCUGUAUACGAUUGUUGGACCGGGCGACCAUGUGAUCUGUCAGUAUCCAACGUAUCAGCAGCUGUACUCCGUGCCCGAGUCUUUGGGCGCAGAAGUGAGUCUGUGGAAGUCGCGCGAGGAGCAGGGUUGGGACGUAGAUGUGAACGAGCUGAGAGAGUUGAUCAAGGAAAACACCAGGGUCAUUAUUAUCAACAAUCCACAAAACCCGACCGGGGCAGUCCUGAAGCGUGAGAAGCUGCAGGCGAUUGUUAAUCUCGCUCGGGAGCAUGAUAUAAUCAUCCACAGUGAUGAGGUCUACCGGCCUCUUUUCCAUGGAAUCCAGCCAGACAGCCCGGAGUACCCUCCGUCCAUCCUGUCAUUUGGCUAUGAAAAAACCAUUUCCACGGGAUCAAUGUCGAAGGCAUUCAGCUUGGCAGGGAUUCGAUUAGGCUGGAUUGCGUCUUGCAGCCGGGACAUCAUCGAAUCGUGCGCAGCGACUCGCCACUACACCACAAUUUCGGUCAGUCAACUUGACGACGCUGUAGCAUCUUAUGCUUUGUCGGCGCCGGUUGUGGAUCGGCUGCUGCAGCGGAAUCUCUCCCUGGCUCGAGAGAAUGCGGAUAUCCUGGAAGCCUUUGUCAAGGAAUAUGAAGGAAUUAUCGAGUGGGUACGGCCACAAGCCGGAACAACUGGCUUUCUGAAGAUCACUAAUAAGCAAGGACAUCCUAUUGAUGAUGUUGCAUUCUGUGAGCAACUCCAAGAUACAACCGGGGCUAUGCUGGCCCCGGGAAGUGACUGCUUUGGAGGUGGAACCGACUUCAAAGGAUAUGUUCGGUUGGGGUAUGUUCAGGAAACCCAGGUUCUGGUAGACGGCCUUCAAGCACUCAGGAUGUUUUUGCAAGAUGGAUAUGAACAAAUUCCCGUUUCCAAGGAGUGA